AUGUCUAAAGACUGUAAACAAGAGAUCAAAUCAGAACAAGUGGAGAACCCAGAAAAGUCAAACGGUUUCCUCUGCCCAAUGUGUGGAGCACAUUACUUUUCAGAAGACUACUUUGUUGAGCAUAUCAAAGAACAUAAAACAAUAUCAAAUUGUGCAAUAAAACAAGAACUUAUUUCUGAAUCAGAUAAACCAUCUGUUUUCAUGUGUCCAGUUUGUGCUGAACAUGUUUACUCAGACACUCAGUUAAUAGAACAUGUAAAACAGCACCAUGAUCAUAGCAGCCCAGAAGUUCCUGACCACUUUGAUACUUCAGAUAACUUGACUGGAACAGAUCCACAGAGGACAUUAGUUCUGUCUCCUAGUGAGAGUCCGCCUGUGAGACCAUUUAGGUGUUCACAGUGUACAUUCAGUGCAGCAUAUUCGAGAACACUUAUAGAACAUCAACAGAUUCACUCUGGAGAGAAACCUUUAAAAUGUUCAGAGUGUUCAUUUGCUACAAAACGAGCAGGUGAUCUUACUGUACAUAUGAGAACUCACUCAGGUGAGAAACCCUUCAAGUGUUCUGAGUGUUCAUAUGGUACAAAACGAGCAGGUGAUCUUACUGUACAUAUGAGAAUUCACUCAGGUGAGAAACAUUUCAAGUGUUAUGAGUGUUCAUUUGCUACAAAACAAGCAAGUAAUCUUACUAGACAUAUGAGAACUCACUCAGGUGAGAAACCCUUCAAGUGUUCUGAAUGUUCAUAUGCAACAAAACAAGCAAGUAAUCUUACUGUACAUAUUAGAACUCACUCAGGUGAGAAACCCUUCAAAUGUUCUGAGUGUUCAUUUGCUACGAAACGAGCAGGUGAUCUUAAUAGACAUAUGAGAACUCACUCAGGUGAGAAACCCUUCAAGUGUUCUGAGUGUUCAUAUGCUACAAAACGAUCAGGUCAUCUUACUGAACAUAUGAGAACUCACUCAGGUGAGAAACCCUUCAAGUGUUCUGAGUGUUCAUAUGCUACAAAACGAUCAGGUCAUCUUACUGAACAUAUGAAAACUCACUCAGGUGAGAAACCCUUCAAGUGUUCUGAGUGUUCAUAUGCUGCAAGACAAGCAAGUCGUCUUACUGAACAUAUGAGAACUCACUCAGGCGAGAAACCCUUCAAGUGUUCUGAGUGUUCAUAUGCUGCAAGACAAGCAUGUAAUCUUACGGUACAUAUGAGAACUCACUCAGGUGAGGAACCCUUCAAAUGUUCUGAGUGUUCAUAUGCUGCAAGACAAGCAGGUGAUCUUACUAGACAUAUGAGAACUCACUCAGGUGAAAAACCCUUCAAAUGUUCUGAGUGUUCAUUUGCUACAAAACAAGCAAGUAAUCUUAAUAGACAUUUAUGA